AUGAAAUUUUUCAACGCUCUCGCAUUUUUCGCUGGUUCAAUUUCCGCCAGAUCCAGCGGAGCUCCAGGAUAUACUCCAAUUCUGCAAAAUUUGAAGCCAGGAGGACCUCAUGCCAGAUUGUGGGCGACCAAAGAAGAAUUUGGCCCUGCCCAUCACCACAUCAGCUUUGGCUACGACGAGUCCUCCGGCGAAGUCGUUUUCGUCAACGGCGACAACGACGCCAAAACAUUCAAGGGUCUUCUUCUCCGACUGACUGGCGCUGAGUUCAACGGCAUUCCCGGCGGCUUCAAAGGCUACCCCCACCAAAGCAACUAUUUGACGCACUCAUCUCCCGCCUUGAAAAGCACUGCCGAUGUUCGCUUCCCGAUCUCCUGCAAUCCAGGCGACAGUGUCAAAGUCGAAGCGACGAUGGCGAUCAAAAUCAACGAGUUCUUUUUCGAUCUCGUCGGCGAAUUUCAGUGCUGA